AUGAAUUUUUUUGACAAGUUUUUGUUUUUAUUAGCAUGUUUACAUGGACAUAAUGAAUGUAAAUUUGGUGCAAUUUGCACUAAACAAAAUGAAUGUCAAUGUUUAUUUAAUUGUACUGAUGCUGAUGAACGUAUUCAAGACGAAAUAACUGGAAAAUGGUAUUUAAAUAAAUGUCGAUUUGAUGAAUCUAAAUGCAAUUCUUACUAUGAAAAGAAUUUUAAAUGUUCAUCAAUACAUUGUUCUUAUGGAUCAAAAUGUUUAAUAAAUGAUCAUGAUUUUCCUAUAUGUUAUUGUCCAAGUAAUUGUAAUGAAUAUGUUCGUACAAUAUCAUUCAAUGGACCAGUUUGUGGUAGUGAUCAUCAAACUUAUGAAACGAUUUGUGAAUUAAAUAAAAGAGCAUGUGAAAUACAAGAAAAUUUAUACGCUGCACAUUUAGGAAAAUGUCAACAUUGUCAAAAUUCAAGUUGUAUUUUAAAUCAUCAAAAAUGUGAUCCUUAUAUUGAUUGUUCAUAUAAUUAUCAACCAUUUUGUGCAAAUAAUCUUCAUAAUUAUUCGAAUGAAUGUGAAAUGCAUAAAUAUGCUUGUCAAUCAAAUGUAAAUUUAACAAAACUUCAUGAUGAAACAUGUACAUCAGAUGAACAACAACAAUUACGUGAAGCUUGUAAAACAUUUAUUUGUUUAAAUGGAAAAACAUGUAUGAUCGAAAAUGGUAUUGGAGUAUGCCGAUGUUUAUUUAAUUGUUCAUCAGACAAGAAUCAAAUAUGUGCUUCAAAUGGUAUUAUAUAUCGAAAUUUAUGUGAAAUGGAACGUGAUGGUUGCAUUCGUGGAGAAAAUUUUGUACCAGUUGAUACUUCUAAUUGUAAAUUAUUUGAUCAUUUUUUAUUAGAAAUUGUUUUCUUUAACGAAGGUAUGCCAGCAUGUGAUACAACUAUAUGUCCAUAUGGUCAAUGUAAACAACAAUCUAAUAGUCAAAUUGAAUGUCAAUGUAUACCAUGUUCAACUAACUAUUCUUAUGAAGAUUUAAUAUGUGGAGAUAAUGGUAUUACAUAUCCAUCAAGGUGUUUCCUUGAAUAUGAUGCUUGUACAAGACAAACAAACAUAACACCAAAUCAUAUGGGACAAUGUAAUAAUUGUCAAAAUGUUGAAUGUCCGUUUAAUGGACAAUGUCAAUCAGAACAAGGAAGUUAUUCAUGUAUAUGUCCAUCAAGAAAUAGUUGUCCAAUUGUUCCAGUACGUUAA